UUCCAGAAUUGUGAGAGGAAGCGAGGAUCACGGUCACUGAUGAUGUUCUCGGGGAGGCCGUGAUGGCGAGCAAUAUGGUCGAAGAAGAGUGUAGCGACGUCUUUGGCACUGUGCGAGGUCGUGCAAGGGAUGAAGUGGGCACGUUUGGUCAAGCGGCAGACAAUGACGUAGAUGCAAUCAUGCCCGCGGUCGAUCUUGGGCAGGCCGCACACGAAGUCCAUGGAGAUGGACUGCCACCGGAUGGAGGAGACGAUGGUGUUGUCAGUGCGGAUGGUGAAGUAUUGCCCGUCGAGGUACGGGCGCCAGACUGUGAGGGCGUGAAUCACGCCGAGGAGUUCCUUCUCGUUGGAGGGGUAAUUCAUCUCCGUAGGAAGGAGCUCCUUGCUUGCGAAGGCGAUAGGGUAUUCGCCAGGUGGAGCCUCGGGGUGAGUGGGCGAGUCCUUCAUGGAGGGGGUCUCGGCGGUGUCGCGGGGGAAAUGUUGGGACAGUACGGCGCCGAUGGCGAAGUCGGAGGCGUCAGUGGUGACACAGAAAUGGCGAGUGGAGUCGGCGAUCUUGAGGACAAGGACCGUGGUGAUGGUUUGAUUGACGGAGACAAUAUGGCCGAGGUUUUCGACGCUCGAAGCGGCAAACGUACAUUUGCUGAGCUUGGCGUAGAAUUUUUGCUCUCGGAGGAUCGCGAGGACUUGGCGGAGGUGCUGAAGGUGGGACUCGAAGGUGGGGCUGAAGACAAGGAUGUCAUCAAGGUAGACAACGACACAAACUUCGAGGAGGUUGCGGAAGAUGUGGUUCAUGGUGGAUUGGAAGGUACAGGGGGCAUUGAUGAACGCACAAUCGGGAAUGACGGUGUGGGGGAGGUGGUGUUGGAGGGAGCGGACGUAUUGGACGAAACGGUCCAUGGGACCGGUCUGGCGGAGGUGGCAGAAUUGUUCAAGGUAGUCGUCAAUGGUUUUCUGGGGGCGGAAGGUGGCACUGAGGAGGGUGGCCCAUUGGAGGAAGGUGGGGCGUGGUCCUCCGGAGGCUCGGCGGUURCUAGCUUCAGCCAUCCACCAUUUGGCUGCAUUGCAGAGGAGGCGGGAGGUGGCAAUGGGGAGCCAGUGCGCAAGGGGCAUGUGGUGGAGCUGAAAAGAGUUCUGAAGCUGGGUGGAGGGAACGGAAUGAUGGUGGGGAUUGAAGGGUUGGUGGAUAUGACAGUAGAGGUGGUAGGAGUGGAGGAGGUCGGCGGGGGGGUGUUGCUAGAGGCAGCUGUGGAGGUUGGAGUGGUUUGCACUGUGGAGGUUGGAGUAGUUUGCACUCUGGGGGUUGGAGUGGUUUGCGUGGUGGUGACGACCGUGAUGGGGGGGGUGGUCCCUUCGAGCGUGGUGACGCGGUCGCAUAAGGAUGACACGUCGGCCUUUAUGUCGUCGAGAGAGGCGGUGACGGAGUUGAGUGCGUGGAGGAUGGCAGAGAGGUCGGGGGUGGCGGUGUUUGCUGGUGGUUGUUCGCCGGCGAGGUUGCGGGCAAUGCUAUCGACUGAGUCGGUGCGGAUGUCAGACAUGUUGAUGGAGGAUGCGGCCAUGUCGGGGGAAGAGGGGGUGGAGGAUGUGGCCUGAACGGGGGUGGAAGAUGCAGCAGCAGCGGUGGCGGCGGCGGCAGCACGUUGGGAGUUCUUGGUUUGGCGUGGUGGCAUGUGGAGGGUGGGGGGGAAUUUCAAGAUUUUAUUCGAAUACGAAACUAUUUCGAAGAAUGAUUGGAAAUUGUUGGAAAGAAAUAAAAUUUCGAAGUUCAAAAAUUUAAAAAGGAAUAAACAAUAAUAAGAAUUUCAAAAAGUAAUUUCUGAUUAAUUCCACGGUGCAAAAAGGUCUUAAGGAAAUUUCGGAUUUCGGAAGUGAUUUCGAAUUCAAAAUUUCGAGAAGGGAUUAGCUACAAUUUAAGUUGAAAUUCCAAAAAUGAAAUAGAUAAUUGAAAGAAAAUUUCAAAAUAUAUUUAGUGGAACAAAUUUUCGAAUUCAAAAUUAGAGGAGAGAUUUGGAAAAGGAAAAGUUAUCAAUAUUCAAAAUGUGAAGGGAACAAAGAUCGCGAGAAAUA